GGACGUCAGUGUGGGGCGCGUACAACGGUGGUGCGGUUUGAUUUUGAAGUAGGGGCUCGGUGAUCUGUUGUGGGCCAUGGAGAGUGACUUUUAUCUGCGUUACUACGUGGGUCACAAAGGCAAGUUUGGGCACGAGUUCCUGGAAUUUGAGUUCCGACCCGACGGGAAAUUGAGAUAUGCCAACAACAGCAAUUACAAAAAUGACGUCAUGAUCAGAAAAGAGGCCUAUGUACAUAAAAGUGUGAUGGAGGAACUGAAGAGAAUCAUUGAUGACAGUGAAAUUACAAAAGAGGAUGAUGCUCUGUGGCCACCUCCUGACAGGGUGGGCCGGCAGGAGCUUGAAAUUGUCAUUGGAGAUGAACACAUCUCUUUCACAACAUCAAAAAUUGGUUCCCUUAUUGAUGUCAAUCAGUCCAAGGAUCCAGAAGGCUUACGAGUAUUUUAUUAUCUUGUCCAGGACCUGAAGUGUUUGGUGUUCAGUCUUAUUGGAUUACACUUCAAGAUUAAGCCAAUCUAAACUAAAUAUUGGUGUGGACACAAGGGGCGGGUGAGAGUAGCUGUUUUUCAUUACCAUUAUCAGGAAAUUUUUGUGUAUAUUGGGGCAAUAUUUUUUUUAUAAAGUAUAAAUGAUUGUCUAAUAAAUAUGUGAAAUGCAGUUUUUACUAUUUAUAAAGACCUGAAUUUAUGCACUCUUAGAGGACUUUUUAAAAAUUUCACAUCCUAUGUGAAGCAUUGCAUAAAAAAUCUAAUCACCUCUGGGUAGAGAAUGGAGAAACAUGUUAAAAAGUUAAACAGGAGGGCCCUCCCUGGUGGCACAGCGGGUUAAAGCACAGCACUAA